AUGGGUUAUUCGAAAAGUCAAGGAAAUCGUCCUAACGAACCUUUAUCACCUAGAGAACAGGAAUGGGCAUCCAAUGUAAUGAUAGGAGGUAUUAUCUGGAGUGUUGCCACUAAGGAUAACCCAUGGGAAGGUGAGGCCGAAUCAUAUGACUUUACAUUAAUGUAUCCAUCCAUAUUGGCGGAUUCUCAUAAAUUGUGGCCUGUGGGUGCUG